UAUCUCUUUAUAUGAAUUAUUUGAUUUAGGUAUUAGUUGCAAAUAUAAAAUUGUAUUUUUAUCUGCUGAUGUCUGAAUCAGAUGAUGAAGAAACUACUGAUUAUCAGUUUAAAGUAACUGUAAUUGGGGAUGGAACUUGUGGAAAAACAUCUCUUUGUUCCAGACUGACUCAAGAACAAUUUGAUAAGAGUUAUCAUCAGACUCUUGGGUUAGAUUUUUUUUUAAAAAGAUUUUCAUUACCAGGAAAUAAAAAUGUAACAAUGCAAGUUUGGGAUAUUGGUGGACAACAGUUAGGUGGUAAAAUGAUCAAAACAUAUUUAUAUGGUGCAAAUGCAGUUGUACUUGUUUAUGAUGUAACUAACUACAGCAGUUUUGAAAAUUUAAGUGACUGGCUUGUUAUUGUAAAGGAAACAUUUGCUGACCAGGAUAAGAAACCCCAUUUAGCACUUGUUGGCAAUAAAAAAGAUUUAGAACAUUUAAGAACAGUUAAAAAGGAAAAACAUAUUGAAUUUGCAAAUGCAAAUGGAAUGAGUAAUUAUUUUUUAUCAGCUAAGUCUGGUGAUCAAGUUGCUUAUUGUUUUCAAAAAAUUGCUGCAGAUAUUCUAGGAAUACGUUUGCAUAAACAAUCUGUUGAACAGGCAAACAGAGUUGUAAAAGCAGAUAUUGUUGCUUACAAUGAUAAUGACUCUGCAAUAAGAUCAACAUCUGCUCAUAACAAAACUACAUUUUGUAUAAUACAGUAAUUUAUUUA